AUGGCGGCGGGCGCGCGGCGAGCCAGGCUGGGCGCCGCGGUGACAGCGCUCCUGGCCGCCGGGCUGGUGCUAGCGCUGGGCCUCUCCGAGGUGGGCAGCCCCGGCGAGCAGCGGGGCCACGUGUGGGUCCUGAGCGCCGCCAACUGGAGCCUGGUGCUGCAGGGCCAGUGGAUGGUGCAAUUUUAUGCCCCUUGGUGUCCAGCCUGCCAACAGAUUGAAGCAGCAUGGGAGAAUUUUGCAAAAGAAAGUGAACAUCUAGAUAUCACUGUAGGAAAAGUGGACGUCACUCAAGAACCAGGUUUGAGUGGCCGUUUUUUUGUCACCACACUUCCUACUAUUUACCAUGCGAAGGAUGGAGUAUUUCGCAGAUAUCGUGGCUCAAGGACGUCGGAAGACCUUCGAGGCUAUAUCCUAGAGAGAAAAUGGGAAGCUGUAGAACCCGUAGCUGGAUGGAAAUCCCCAUCUUCUAUAAUGAUGCAUGGAAUGGCAGGUCUUUUUCAUUUCUCUGGAUGGAUCAGACAAAUUCACAGUUACUUCACAGGCACUCUUGGAAUUCAUGUCUGGGGUUCUUAUGCAAUCUUCAUUUUAUCCACCCUGUUGAUUGGCCUGAUCCUGGGUUUGAUAUUGGUUUUGAUUGCAGACUGCCUUUGCCCUUCCAAGCCUAGGUACAGAGAAGAAGCAUCCGUAGAGUUGAUUGAAAGGGAGAAUGCAGAGCUUACAGCAGUAGAAGAGGUGGAAGAAACUGAAGAGUUUUCAGCAAAUGAGUUAGAAGAGGCUGCAGAGGAAAAGGAGGACAUUUCAGAUGGGGAAGAUGGAGCCAAAUCAAGUGAAGAGGCCAAUUCAAGUGAGGAUGGCUCAGAAGAGGACUCUGCCGUUGAUGAAGGAUCAGGGACAGAAGAGACAGAAGACAUCUGUGAACCACAGCCAACUGAUUCGGAGACCCAAAGCUCAGUAAGGCAACGUAAAAGCCAGGUGGCUGACAAUGGACUAUAG